CACACACGCACACAGAGACCAUCUGCAGUGUCAAUGCGGCGCCUGCUCUGAAGACUGAAGUGGGGGGAAAGGAGAGGAGAGAAAUAUUAUAUGUAUAUAUAUAUAUGCACAUAUAUAUAUACACCAAAACCCACCCAAAGCAAGCCAGGAGCAUUCCCAGGGCAGAAUCUGCCAGGGAAUUGGCGUUUUGAGGAGUUUUACAGCUUCUAAUCCUUGUUGCCUUGGGAAUACAAACCUCUCUAAUCAUGUCGCCGGCCAUGUGGAAAUGGACUUGCCUGGUUUCUCACCUCCUGCUGUCCACCACAGUGUCACCUCUGGGCAGACAGCAGCCACCCCAUCCAAAGAGACCCUUCAUCACCUUCACCGGAGAGCAAGCAGAGGGAAACUUCAACCACUUGGUGGUGGACGAAAGGACUGGGCACAUUUACCUGGGGGCUGUCAACAGGAUCUACAAACUCUCCAGUGACCUGAAGGUCCUGGUGACCCACGAGACUGGUCCUGAUGAUGACAAUCCCAAGUGUUAUCCUCCCAGGAUAGUCCAAACCUGCAAUGAACCCCUGACGCCCACCAACAACAUCAACAAAAUGCUCCUCAUAGACUACAAGGAGAAUCGGUUGAUAGCUUGUGGGAGUCUGUACCAGGGCAUCUGCAAGCUCCUGAGGCUGGACGACCUCUUCAAGCUGGGAGAGCCCUUCCACAAGAAGGAGCAUUACCUCUCUGGGGUGAACGAGAGUGGCUCUGUUUUUGGAGUCAUUGUUUCUUACAGCAACAUGGAUGACAAGCUGUUCAUCGCCACGGCCGUGGAUGGCAAACCGGAGUAUUUCCCCACCAUCUCCAGCAGAAAGCUCACCAAGAACUCCGAGGCUGAUGGGAUGUUUGCAUAUGUCUUUCACGACGAGUUUGUGGCCUCUAUGAUCAAGAUCCCCUCAGACACCUUCACCAUCAUCCCCGACUUUGAUAUCUACUACAUCUACGGCUUCAGCAGCGGGAACUUUGUCUACUUCCUGACUCUGCAGCCUGAGAUGAUCUCCCCACCUGGCUCCACCACAAAGGAGCAGGUUUAUACCUCCAAGCUGGUGAGGCUUUGCAAGGAGGACACGGCCUUUAACUCCUACGUGGAGGUGCCCAUUGGCUGUGAGAAGAACGGGGUGGAAUAUCGAUUGCUGCAGGCUGCCUACUUGUCAAAGGCUGGGGCCAUCCUGGCCAGGUCUCUGGGAGUUGGCCCUGAGGAUGAUAUCCUCUUCACAGUCUUCUCCAAGGGGCAGAAAAGGAAGAUGAAGUCCUUGGAUGAGUCUGCUCUUUGCAUCUUUGUCCUGAAAAACAUCAACGACCGCAUCAAGGACAGGCUUCAGUCCUGCUACAGGGGAGAGGGGACGUUAGACCUGGCCUGGCUCAAGGUCAAGGACAUUCCCUGUAGCAGCGCGAACGUCUACAAGAACCACUCCCUGGCUUUUGUGGGCACCAAGAGUGGGAAGCUCAAAAAGAUCCGUGUGGAUGGCACCGCCAAGAACACGCUGGAGUACGAGAUCGUGCAGGUGGUGGACACUGGCCCCAUCCUCCGGGACAUGGCCUUCUCCAUGGACCACGAGCACCUCUACAUCAUGUCUGAGAAGCAGCUCACCAGGGUGCCCGUGGAGUCGUGCAGCCAGUACGAGACCUGCAGCGAGUGCCUGGGCUCGGGAGACCCCCACUGCGGAUGGUGUGUCCUCCACAACACCUGCACGAGGAAGGAGCGGUGCGAGCGCUCCAGCGAGCCGCGCAGAUUCGCCUCGGAGAUGAAGCAGUGCGUCCGCCUCACCGUGCACCCCAACAACAUCUCCGUCUCCCAGUACAACGUUCUGCUGGUCUUGGAGACCUACAACGUCCCCGAGCUGUCAGCAGGAGUCAACUGCACUUUCGAGGACCUCUCAGAGAUGGAUGGGUUGGUGGUAGGCAGCCAGAUCCAGUGCAUCUCUCCAGCUGCCAAGGAGGUGCCCCAGAUCAUCACAGAGAAUGGUGACCAUCACAUUGUCCAGCUGCAGCUCAAGUCCAAGGAAACGGGGAUGACCUUUGCCAGCACCAGCUUUGUCUUCUACAACUGCAGCGUCCACAACUCGUGCCUGUCGUGUGUGGAGAGCCCCUACCGCUGCCACUGGUGCAAGUAUCGCCACGUCUGCACCCACGACCCCAGCUCCUGCUCCUUCCAGGAGGGACGAGUCAAGAUGCCUGAGGACUGCCCCCAGCUGCUGCAGGCCGAGAAGAUCCUGGUGCCCGUGGAGGUGAUCAAACCCAUCACUCUGAAGGCCAAGAACCUGCCCCAGCCCCAGUCGGGCCAGCGUGGCUACGAGUGCAUCCUGAACAUCCAGGGCAGCGAGCAGAGGGUGCCGGCCUUGAGGUUCAACAGCUCCAGCGUGCAGUGCCAGAACACCUCGUACUCGUAUGAAGGGAUGGAGAUUAACAGCCUGCCAGUGGAGCUGACAGUUGUGUGGAACGGGAAUUUCAACAUUGACAACCCAGCACAGAACAAAGUUCACCUGUACAAGUGCGGGGCCAUGCGGGACAGCUGCGGACUCUGCCUGAAAGCCGACCCCGACUUCGAGUGUGGCUGGUGCCAGGGACAGAACCAGUGCACGCUGAAGCAGCACUGCCCAGCCCAGGACAGCCAGUGGCUGGAGCUCUCCAGCACCAAGGGCAAGUGCACCAACCCCAAGAUCACGGAUAUCAACCCCGUGACGGGCCCUCGUGAGGGAGGGACCAGAGUGACCAUCCGUGGGGAGAACCUGGGGCUGGAAUUCCAGGAUAUCGCGUCCCACGUCAAAGUGGCCGGCGUGGAGUGCAAGCCCCUGGUGGAAGGGUACAUCCCAGCAGAGCAGAUCGUGUGUGAGAUGGGGGAGGCCAAGCCCAGCCAGCACGCCGGAUUCGUGGAAAUCUGCGUGGCCGAGUGCAAGCCAGAGUUCAUGGCCAGGUCUUCUCAGCUCUACUACUUCAUGACUCUGACCCUCUCUGACCUGAAGCCGAAGCGAGGACCAGUGUCGGGUGGCACCCAGGUGACAAUCACAGGCAACAACCUGAAUGCUGGCAGCAAUGUCAUUGUGACCUUUGGGAGACAACCCUGCCUCUUCUACAGGAGAUCCACCAAGCACAUUGUCUGUAACACCACGGCCUCCUAUGAAGGCUUUGAGAAGGUGAAGGUGUCCGUGAGAGUGGACAAAGCCAAGAUCCAUCAGGAGCUGCACUAUGAAUAUGUAGAGGAUCCCACCAUCCUGAGGAUCGAGCCUGAGUGGAGCAUCUUCAGUGGCAACACUCCCAUUGCUGUGUGGGGAACUCACCUGGACCUCAUCCAAAACCCCCAGAUCCGGGCAAAGCAUGGUGGAAAGGAGCAUGUCAAUAACUGUGAGGUGCAGAACAGCACAGAGAUGACCUGCCAGGCCCCAGCUCUGGCUGUGGACCCCAAUCACCAGUCUGAGCUCGCCGAGCGUCCGGAGGAGUUUGGCUUCAUCCUUGACAAUGUGCAGUCCCUGCUGAUCCUCAACAAAACCAACUUCACCUACUACCCCAACCCCAUCUUUGAGGUUUUCAACCCCUCAGGGAUCCUGGAGCUGAAGCCUGGAAGUCCCAUCAUCCUGAAGGGCAGGAAUCUGAUCCCACCGGUGGCAGGAGGCAAUGCCAGGCUGAACUACACCGUGCUGGUGGGGGAGAAGCCCUGUGCAGUGACAGUGUCAGACGUGCAGCUCCUCUGUGAGUCCCCAAACCUCAUUGGGAGGCACAAGGUGAUGGCUCGUGUAGGAGGGAUGGAGUUCUCUCCAGGGAUGGUCUACAUCUCCCCAGACAGCCCUCUGAGCUUGCCAGCCAUCGUCAGCAUCGCGGUGGCCGGCGGGCUGCUCAUCAUCUUCAUCGUGGCCGUGCUGAUCGCGUACAAGCGCAAGUCCAGGGAGAGCGACCUCACCCUCAAGCGCCUGCAGAUGCAGAUGGACAACCUGGAGUCCAGGGUGGCCCUGGAGUGCAAAGAAGCCUUUGCAGAGCUGCAGACAGAUAUCCAUGAGCUGACAAGUGACCUGGAUGGAGCUGGGAUCCCUUUCCUUGACUACCGAACCUACACGAUGAGAGUGCUUUUCCCUGGCAUUGAAGAUCAUCCAGUCCUGAGGGAUUUGGAGGUCCCUGGCUACCGUCAGGAACGGGUGGAGAAGGGCCUGAAGCUCUUUGCCCAGCUGAUCAACAACAAGGUGUUCCUGCUGUCCUUCAUCCGCACGCUGGAGUCGCAGCGCAGCUUCUCCAUGCGCGACCGCGGCAACGUGGCCUCGCUGAUCAUGACGGUGCUGCAGAGCAAGCUGGAGUACGCCACCGACGUCCUCAAACAGCUGCUGGCCGACCUCAUCGACAAAAACCUGGAGAGCAAGAACCACCCCAAGCUGCUGCUCCGUAGGACAGAGUCUGUGGCUGAGAAAAUGCUGACCAACUGGUUCACCUUCCUCCUCUACAAGUUCCUCAAGGAGUGUGCUGGAGAGCCUCUCUUCUCCCUGUUCUGUGCCAUCAAGCAGCAGAUGGAGAAGGGCCCCAUUGACUCCAUCACGGGCGAGGCGCGGUACUCCCUGAGCGAGGACAAGCUCAUCCGGCAGCAGAUCGACUACAAGACCCUGGUGCUGAGCUGCGUGAACCCCGACAACGUGAACAGCCCCGAGAUCCCGGUGAAGAUCCUCAACUGCGACACCAUCACCCAGGUCAAGGAGAAGAUCCUCGAUGCCAUCUUCAAGAACGUGCCCUGCUCCCACCGGCCCAAAGCUGCUGACAUGGACCUGGAGUGGCGGCAGGCGAGUGGGGCGAGGAUGAUCCUUCAGGAUGAGGACAUCACCACCAAGAUAGAAAACGACUGGAAGAGACUCAACACGCUGGCACACUACCAGGUCCCAGAUGGAUCUGUGGUGGCUUUGGUCUCCAAGCAAGUCACUGCCUACAACGCAGUCAACAACUCCACGGUGUCCCGGACGUCAGCCAGCAAGUAUGAAAACAUGAUCCGCUACACGGGCAGCCCCGACAGCCUCCGCUCGCGCGCGCCCAUGAUCACCCCCGACCUGGAGAGCGGCGUCAAGAUGUGGCACCUGGUCAAGAACCACGAGCAUGGAGACCAAAAAGAGGGUGACCGAGGCAGCAAGAUGGUUUCUGAGAUCUACCUGACCAGGUUGCUGGCCACCAAGGGCACCCUCCAGAAAUUCGUGGACGACCUCUUUGAGACCAUCUUCAGCACUGCCCACCGUGGCAGUGCCCUCCCCCUGGCCAUCAAGUACAUGUUUGAUUUCCUGGAUGAGCAGGCAGACAAGCACAACAUCCACGACCCCCACGUGCGGCACACCUGGAAGAGCAACUGCCUCCCCUUGCGCUUCUGGGUCAACAUGAUCAAGAACCCACAGUUUGUCUUCGACAUUCACAAAAACAGCAUCACAGACGCCUGCCUGUCCGUGGUGGCCCAGACCUUCAUGGACUCCUGCUCCACCUCAGAGCACCGCCUGGGCAAAGACUCCCCCUCCAACAAGCUCCUCUAUGCCAAGGACAUCCCCAGCUACAAGAACUGGGUGGAAAGGUACUACUCAGACAUCGCCAAGAUGCCAGCAAUCAGUGACCAGGACAUGAAUGCUUACCUGGCAGAGCAGUCCCGCAUGCACAUGAACGAGUUCAACACCAUGAGCGCGCUCUCCGAGAUCUACUCCUACGUGGGCAAGUACAGCGAGGAGAUUCUCGGAGCCCUCGAUCAAGACGACCAGGCUGGGAAACAGAAACUUGCCUACAAACUUGAACAAGUUAUAACCCUCAUGAGCAUAGACAGCUGAGAACUGUCCUGCCAGGGACACCCUGGGAGGGAUAAACCAAGUCGUGCCUCACUCAAGAUCAUCAUCUUUACCAAGUGCAAGUUUUGAUGGGCUGUAAGCAGAGUCACCCGAACAGCGCUCCUCUCUCUCUCUCCCCUCUCUCUCUUUCUCUCUUUUCCUUCUCUUCCCAAAUCUAUGGACAAAGCGACAGAGCCCCAGGGGUUAAAAGAAAAGACUGCAGAGGAAUCUUGGCUCUGGGGCCAUGAAGACAUUUGGGUGGAGCUCUCCUUUUCACAGCUUCCCGUCUGCCUUUUGCCCUAGACAGAAACUAUUGAACACACACGAAAACCCCACCAACCCUCCCCCAGCAUCACAUCCUCACUCUGCAGAGGUGAAACCAGGAGGUAACUUCUGUCAUGCUGCUUUAACUGCCCUCUGAGGGCUACAGCCUCUAGAGAGGACAUGGAAAUGAACUCAGUAUUACUCAAGUGUCCCCAAGGGGAAGGCAGCCUGCCUGCAGGGCUCCUGGAGGGCAGAGCCAAUCCAGCUCCUCUGCUGCAGAGCCAUUGCAAUUCUGUCUCUUGAUAGCGACCCACUGGGAGAGGAGGCUCCCUGGAAAAUGCCACAGCUCCGUCCAGAGCAGGGCCACUGUGGCUCAUCCUGCCUGGGCAAACAGCUGCUCUCCUGGGGUAGGGAAAGGGUCAAGAGGGGACGAGGAGACCGACGCUCCCCUGCCCAUGUGUUUCAUAUGGUUCUUCUUAUUUUUCCAAGAGCCGCGUGUCCCCCUCCGUCUUUCCCGUCGUGUCCUGUUGGUCGUAGCACUGCAGCGAAACGCUCUCUCUGCUGGGUGGCAUCCUGUCUGUGGUGGUGGUCCUGCUCCUCCUGGCCAUGGAGAGCACAGCAUCGCCCCCCUCGUUCCCACCUUGGCUUGGAAGGCAGGAGCCACAGCCUCGGUUUGUUCCAGGCAAGGAGCUCAGCCUCUAAAGAAGAUCCAGAAGGACUAUUUUUUUUUUUUUAAAAGAUGUUCUUUCCAUUUUGUUUCCUCAACUGGAACACAGCUGUUGUUUUCCCACAGUGGAGUAUCAGAGGGUUACUGAAAUGCUUGCUGAGAAGGGAGGUGGUGCACGGGGCUGAUGGUAAAGCCUUCCUUCCAAGCCACUCCUAAGAGGAAAUGUCACCACACAUUUUGGAAGGAAAUUUUGGAGGAAAUCCGAAUGAAACACUGCAAAAAAUUCUUCUCCCUAGAUCCCCCCAGCCGAACUGCCUGUCUUCUGGAGGUCUCUGAACUGCUGUGAGCCCAUCUGCCUUUUGGUGCCAACUCCUGGCCUUUCCUCCAUUUCUGGAACCAACAGGCCUUGCUGAAGGCACAGUUGCUGCCUAGGAAGGAUUUUAUCUCUCUUUGCACUUCUUAUCCCUUCAGGGAUCGCUGUCACCAUGGGACGAUUGUGGGGGAUCACCCUGUCCUUGUCCCAUCCUCUGCUCAGCUUCUCCAGAACAUCUCAACUUGUUUCAUGGCCAACCAAAGGGGAGUGAGCUCCUGCAUCUCUUUCGCCUUCAGCUGUUCCAUUCACACAGCUGCCAGCCCGGAUAUCACCAUGAUUAGAGACCCUCGGGGUGUGGAGAACCUUCCUUGUACACCAGGGAAGCAAGAGCUGGGUGAGCAUUCAUCUCCCCAGACACGAGCAGAGCUCCCUGGCAGAUGGAGGAGCGGCUGGAGAAUCAGCCCACGCCCACCUCACCCCAUCCUUGGAGCAACAGCCUGGAUCUGCUUUGCACCUGGGGGGAGCAAGGGGUGCAGGCAGGGUGUGUAAAUUGAUGACAGAGUUUGUUUGGGUUCAUUCCUGUCUCUUGCUGUCAAACCAGAACCUCUUGGGAGUGACAGAUCCCGAGAAUGUGUGAGGGAUGAUGUGGUGCAAGCAGGAGUCAGGCAGCAGGAGGGUUUCCUACAGCCAAGCAGAUACACACGUAGGCGAGUCCAAAACCACUCAAAGAACAGCAGUCCAAAACUGGACGUGUCUGUGGGGAGAAAAUCACCAGAUUCACAUUGAAACAGCAAACUUAAGGACACGUCUUGGUUUUAAACCCCCAGACAUUUCUCUCUUGAUUACAAUUCCAAUUAUUUUGUGCGUGUGCGUGUGUAUCUGUGUGCGCGUGUGCGUUCCUUCCUCUUUUUUUUGGUUCUGCUUGCUUUCUGUUGGAUUGCUGAGCUGAUGGACUCAUCAUGCACCUUAUGGACAUCUCAGCAGUUUUAAGAGGCCUGCGCAUUGGGGAUGGUUUGGGUUUGGUUGGUUCUGCCAUGGUUUUGUUGAUCCAUUUUAGUAACGUCGGCGCAUGUUCCAGAUCCAUUGAUUAUGGCUGUGAAAGUGGGGAGUCCCACCAGAGCCAGUGGUAAGAAAAUGACAACAAACAACACAAACGCAGUAUUUUUUAUAAGUACGUAAAUUAAAAAAAAAAAAAAAAAAGAAAAAAAAAAGGGAAAAAUUAAAAAAAAAAAAAGGAAGAAACCAAAGGUUUUGACAAACAAAGUGCCACAAAAGAAAAAUAUGGACCCUAUUGUCAUGCCUUGUACUCACAGCUGGAUGGUAGGAGUCUAAGGACAAAGAGCUGGCUUGGAGGGAAGUGGUUAUGAGUGAUGGGCGAUCCUGCCUGGACAUGCGCACAUGAGAGGAAGAAGAAGCUGUUUAACAGAAAAAAAAAAAAAAAAAAAAGUAAAAAAUGAACUGGUGUGAUCCUGUACUGUUACUGAAGUCAGAGGAACACCACAGGGGAAAUCUGAGACUCACCCUGUUUCUUUUUGAUGUUUUCAGGGCUGUGUUUUUGGUUUGUUAUGGUUGUUUUCCAUGGUUGUUAUUUUAUUUCUUCUUGCUGGUACGGAGUUUUUCAUCUGUAUAUUAUAUAUAUAUAUUUUUCGAGAAAAACUUGAACACCUCAGAGACACUGAGAAUGAAACACUUAGGGGAAAUGGGAAGCACCAGGAGAUUGGUGUCUUAACCCUUUCCAAACUUCCCAUUUAGGCAUUUCUGCUUUCUCUCCACCCUCUUCUUUCCCCCAUGCCCAGGAUUUGAAAGAAAAUCUGCGUUUUGCUUCUCUUUCAUCUCCUCUUUAUUUUUUUUUUUGUGUUUCUGUUUCGCUUUAUUUUGGUGUUUGAGCUGGAUUUGCUUUUUUUGCUUGGAAAAUGUGCCAGAAUUGUGAUGUAAAUGCGUGGGCUUCCUCCCCUGUCCCCUUCAGUGCCCUUCCCAUUUCCAACCAGUGUCCCAGAAUCCCCAGUCUAUGAGAAGUCUUGGCAUCUUUCUUCCCAGCCUCACCUGUUGAGCUAACUAUUUUUUAAGUGCAUGUAAAAUACAACUAAAAACAAAGACGUAAGCAGAAGAAUGAGCCCUACUACAACACGGAUGUUUUCUUUUCCUUUGAUUUCUUUUCCCCUCACCUCCCUUUCAACACUUGACCAAAAAUGCCGGAUAAAUAAGUAGUGUCCCACACUAUUUUUCAAGCCCCAUGGAGAGAACUGGAGCCAAAGUUCCUGGAAGAUCAUGGACAGGCUCCUAAAAUCCAGAAUAUUCCAGAUGAUAGGCUGAUCUUUACGGGCAUUUCUCAAACAUUGCAAUAAAAUAAUUAAUGCUGGCACCUGCAGCACCAUCAGAAACAGGGGAAAGGGAACUCAUGAAUACUCUCUGAGGUUCUAAGGAGAGAGUCAAGAUUAUUUCUUCACUGCCUGGUUUGCUUUGGGGACUUGCUGCUGGGUUAGAGGAACAAAGGGUGAGUAGCUCCAGCAAACACCUCAUGUCCUCGCUGUGAGUGGGACUCAGCUGUCAGUGACACUGAUCUGAGACCUGAUCCAUCCCAUCAUGUGCUGCUGCAGAUUGAGCUUUCCAAUGGACACCAGUGUGGGGAAAUUUGUUUGUGUCUGGAAUGAGGUGUUGGAGAUUGUUUGCCCUCCAACAGACAGCGCAGGAGAACGAACGAGGAGAAAUUCAGCCACCUUCCUCUCCUAGCAUAGAAUCAUAGAAUCAUUUGGGUAGGAAAAGACCUCUAAGAUCACAGAGUCUGAAUGUUAAAUCAUUCCCCAGUCCUUCUCUUCCCACUCUUCAUCCUGUCCUGAACAUAUCCAAAGGUUUGGUCCAACCCAGCACACAUCAGCCUUGCUCCAUUAGAUAAGAGGGCUAUGCCAAUUUUCAUCCUUUUAGUGGUAUCACUGCACUUGUCUUAUCUUGCAUCUUUGACACUGAAGACCAUAAAAUUUAUUUGGUCAUGAAGAAGAUUUACCAGCACAAUUUCGUUUGGUAAUUGCUUAGAUUGAAAAGUGUUUCCCAAUCUUGUGUAUUCACCCACAAGAAAAUGUUUGCCAUGAAGGGAAUGAAACCAAGCAAAUCAGAUAAUUGUCAUUAUUUUUAAUAAUGUUGUUGAAAACCAAUAGAUCAAAUUUGAAGAGUCCAGUCAGUGGUCAGCCUUCCUUUUGAGUCCCCUCUGAAUUUCCUGGAGCCUGGGAUGCCUGUGAGGCAAAAACCCAAGCACAUCACAGCCAAUAUCAGAAGGACAAUUGUUCAGAAGUAAGUCAAAACAUGAAAUGUAGAUCUGUCCUUCCCCAAGGCUUUAAUGAAGUCCUUUGGGAAGAGACACUGCUAUUUGGGAACCCUUCCAAAAGAGGAGAAAUAAAAAUAUAAGUAGUGAGAGUUGUCCUUCAGGGCAGGUGGAUGUUUUGGGAUGUCCUAACUCUUGCCAUCCAAACUUGGUGUGCUGUGGAGCAGGAAAUUGGUGAAACAUGUGAACUUCAACAUCAUGGUGUGAACCUCAACCUCCUGCCCAUUCCCAGCCUGAAUUUUCCUGCUUUGUGCCUGCUGCAGCUCCCAUUUCAGGGCAGUGUUUGGUCCAUAGAGUCCUGCAGUUUUCCCUCACCUCUGUGACUGUGCAAUGCCCCUCUCUCCAAAAAAAAUCUUGUUGUCUUACUGGGAAUAACUACUUUGUGGAGAAUGCUUUGAAAAUAGAGCUUGUCGACCCUGUUUUAUUUGGGAUGGCUCAGUUCUCUACAGUUGGAGAAGCACCCAAAGGGACACAGGAUUACAGGAAAAAAAAAAAAAAAAAAAGAAAAAAAAAAAGAAUUUGUAGAAAGAUGUCAAAGAAAAGAAAGUUAAAAAAAAAAACCAAACAGAAUUUACACUUGGAAAAAUAAACCCACCAAAACCCCACUGAAGUUGCAAAGCUGCUUAGUCUAAUCAACCUGUCACAUGUUUGAUUUCUGUUGUCGUUGUUGUUUGUUCAUUGUUUGAUUGGUUUGGUUUGGUUUUUUGUUCUGUUGUUGGUUUUGUUUUUUUUUUUAAUCUUCUGUUCUAAAAAUGGAGAGUUUACCUCAAGAAAUUCUUUCUGCUUGGAAACAGAUCACCUCAAAGACGCUCGCAGCAGAGAGCAGUGUGCAGGGAAGCUCAGUAAAGCAAACUUGGGUGUGGAAAACAGAGGGAAAACCAGGACAUUCAGGCUCUUUUCAGCACUCCCUUCUUUUACUGGUGUGGUCUGGCAUUCCCCAGUGGAGAAGCUGCUGUUCACUUUCAGACAGACUGAGGCACAAGAGCCAGUUGGAGAAAUGAAGGCACAUGUCCAAGCUUGAAGUCCUUUCUGAAGUAUCUUAAGAGAAACUUGGUGUUAUUUCAACUUUCUAUGCUGCUCUUUCUCCAUUCCCUGGAGAAAUUCCACUUUCCAGCCCAGGCUGGGGUAAGGAAGCAGAGAGAUUAGGUGCUAGCUAAAUCCUCCCAGUGUUUUCCCCAAGGAAUUGAGAGGCAACUGGAUUAUUUAUGGUCACAAGAGAGGCCCUUCCUUGUGUCUGACCCUGUGUCUUGGACAUACAUGUGAGCCCAGAAGUCUCAUUCUCUGUUUUGCUAAAGCUUCCAACUUAAAAUCAAUGGAAAGACAUUUCCUUUUACCACAGUGUUACUAACAGCCUCAAAGAGAUGUCAAGACAGCAUUAGAAAGGAGGUUGGGAUUCUUUUUCUUAGGUUGUUGUUGUUGUUAGUUUGAUUUUCUUUUGAACUGAUCCUAGUUAAAAAAAAAGAAAGACAUAAAAUCUAUACUAUUUAAAUUGGAAUCCCGUUGUUACUUGGUAAAGGCAAAGCUUCUGUACCUUUGUUAUAAUUAAUUGUAUACCUGUGUAUGUAAAUAUAAGGCAUUCCUAUUUUGCAGUCCAG